GGAAAAAAAAAAACUUAUUCAACAAGUUUAUCACCUUUUUCUCCCCUUUCGAUGUGCGUUUUUGGACAUGCGGAGGCUACUGGAACCGUGUUGGUGGAUCUUUUUCUUGAAAAUUACCAGCUCCGUGCUCCAUUAUGUCGUGUGCUUCCCCGCUCUGACUGAAGGGUAUGUUGGUGCCCUGCAUGAAAACAGACAUGGUAGUUCAGUGCAAAUCAGACGGCGGAAAGCAUCAGGAGACCCUUACUGGGCCUAUACUGGCUCAUAUGGCCCCGAAUACUGGGUUACAUCCAGCAUACGCUGCGGUGGCAAUCACCAGUCACCAAUUGAUAUCUUAGACCAGCAUGCCCAGGUUGGUGAUGAGUACCAAGAACUGCAGCUUGAUGGUUUCGAUCAUGGAUCUUCUAACAGGACAUGGAUGAAAAACACAGGGAAAACAGUUGCUAUUCUCCUGAAGGAUAACUAUUUCAUCAGUGGUGCAGGUCUGCCAGGCCGAUUCAAAGCAGAAAAGAUUGAGUUCCACUGGGGCCAAAACAAUGGAUCAACUGGCUCUGAACACAGCAUUGAUGGGAGAAGGUACCCUGUUGAGAUGCAGAUUUACUUUUAUAAUCCUGAUGACUUUGACAGUUUUCAAACAGCAGUUUCAGAAAACAGAAUUAUUGGAGCCAUGGCUGUAUUUUUCCAAGUCAGUCCGAGGGACAAUCCAGCACUGGAUCCUAUUAUCCAUGGGUUGAAGGGUGUCGUACAUCAUGAAAAGGAAACAUUUCUGGAUCCCUUUGUGCUGCGGGAUCUUCUGCCUACAUCCCUGGGAAGUUACUAUCGCUACACGGGAUCCUUGACCACCCCUCCAUGUAGUGAAAUUGUGGAGUGGAUUGUUUUUCGCAGACCAGUUCCCAUCUCUUUCCACCAGCUGGAAGCAUUUUAUUCCAUCUUUACCACGGAACAACAAGAUCAUGUCAAGUCAGUGGAAUAUCUGAGGAAUAACUUCCGACCACAGCAGAGCCUGAAUGACAGGGUGGUGUCCAAGUCGGCUGUCAAAGAUGCUUGGAGUCAUGACAUGACAGAUGUCUUAGAAAAUCCACUUGGGACAGAAGCCUCCAAAGUUUGUAGCACUCCACCAGUUAAUAUGAAAGUCCAUCCAGUGAAUAGAACGGCAUUGCUGGUAACCUGGGAGCAGCCAGAAACCAUAUACCAUCCUCCAGUUAUGAACUACAUGAUCUCCUACAGCUGGACAAAAAAUGAAGAUGAAAAGGAGAAGACGUUUACCAAGGACAGUGACAAGGACCUGAAAGCCAUCAUUAGUCACGUUUCACCUGAUAGCCUUUAUCUGUUCAGAGUCCAAGCGGUUUGCCAAAAUGAUAUGCGCAGUGAUUUUAGCCAAACGAUGCUAUUUCAAGCCAAUACUACACGAAUAUUCCAAGGAACCAGAAUUGUUAAAACAGGAGUGCCUACAGCUUCUCCUGCUUCUUCUGCUGACAUGGCCCCCAUCAGCUCUGGAUCUUCUACCUGGACUUCCUCUGGCAUUCCCUUCUCUUUUGUUUCUAUGGCAACUGGAAUGGGACCAUCUUCUAGCGGAAGCCAAGCAACAGUAGCCUCUGUGGUGACCAGCACAUUGCUUGCAGGCCUUGGGUUUAGUGGUGGCGGUAUUUCCUCUUUUCCUAGUACAGUGUGGCCAACCCGCCUUCCAGCUGCUGCUUCUACCAGUAAACAGUCAGUAAGAACAGUCCUUGCUACUUCAGAAGCUUUAUCUUCUCCAGGACCAGACAGUGAUUCAACUCUGACAAAAGAUAGUGAAGGAACAGAGGACGGGGAAAAAGAUGAAAAGAAUGAAAGCGAGGAUGGCGAAAGAGAACAUGAGGAAGAGGGGGAAAAGGAUUCGGAAAAGAAAGAGAAAAGUGCAGUGACCCAUUCUGCUGAGGUACAAAAUAGAACAGAGUCCACACUAACUACUGUUUCUCCUAAUAGAACUAUAGAGGAGGACGUAAAUCAAACUAUAGAUGGUCAAGAACGAAACCAAAACGUUUUCCCAACAGAUCAGAUUGAUGAAGAUGAGAGCAAUUCAGAAACAGACACAGAAUCCAUCACCUCCACCCAAGUGCCCCCCACCUUCACUAAUGAACAUUAUGCAGGGAAUGUUCCAACACCAGAAAUGCCAUCCAAAAAGCCUUUUCCAAGAGGUGACAGAUUUCCGGAUGAUAGCAGAUUUAUCACUGUUAACCCAGGAGAAAAGAAUGGUUCUAGUAUGGUAACCCGACCUUCUCAUGGAAAGAUGGAAUGGAUUAUCCCUCUGAUUGUUGUGUCAGCCCUGACCUUUGUGUGCCUCAUUCUUCUUACUGCUGUGCUCGUAUACUGGAGAAAAUGUUUCCAGACGGCUCAUUUCUACGUGGAAGAUAGCAGUUCACCAAGGGUGGUCCCUAAUGAAAGUAUUCCUAUUAUUCCUAUUCCGGAUGACAUGGAAGCCAUUCCUGUCAAACAGUUUGUUAAGCAUAUCAAUGAGCUCUAUUCUAAUAACCAGCAUGGAUUCUCUGAAGAUUUUGAGGAAGUUCAACGUUGCACUGCCGAUAUGAACAUCACUGCGGAACAUUCCAAUCAUCCAGAUAACAAGCACAAAAACAGAUAUAUCAACAUUUUAGCAUAUGACCACAGUAGGGUGAAGCUGAGACCUUUACCUGGAAAAGAUUCUAAGCACAGUGACUACAUUAAUGCAAAUUAUGUUGAUGGAUACAACAAAGCAAAGGCCUACAUUGCCACCCAGGGACCUUUAAAGUCUACAUUUGAAGAUUUCUGGAGAAUGAUUUGGGAACAAAAUACUGGAAUCAUCAUCAUGAUAACGAACCUUGUGGAAAAAGGAAGGAGAAAAUGUGAUCAGUACUGGCCAACAGAGAAUAGUGAGGAAUAUGGAAACAUUAUUGUCACACUGAAGAGCACAAAUGUACAUGCUUGCUACACCAUUCGUCGUUUUUCAGUCAGGAAUACAAAAGUGAAAAAGGGUCAGAAGGGAAAUCCUAAAGGUCGUCAGAAUGAAAGAAUAGUCAUUCAGUAUCACUACACCCAGUGGCCCGACAUGGGGGUGCCAGAAUAUGCCCUGCCCGUUCUGACUUUUGUAAGGAGAUCCUCAGCCGCCAGGACACCAGAAAUGGGACCUGUACUUGUACACUGCAGUAUUAGUAUCUUGGUCUUUCUUAGCGCUGGUGUGGGCAGAACUGGUACCUACAUUGUGAUAGACAGCAUGCUGCAACAGAUAAAAGACAAAAGCACAGUUAACAUCCUGGGAUUCCUGAAACAUAUCAGGACACAGCGGAACUACCUCGUCCAGACAGAGGAGCAGUAUGUUUUCAUUCAUGAUGCCUUGUUGGAAGCCAUUCUCGGAAAGGAGACUGAAGUAUCUGCAAACCAGCUGCAUGGUUAUGUUAAUAGCAUCCUGAUACCCGGGGUUGGAGGAAAGACUCCCCUGGAGAAACAAUUCAGGCUGGUUACUCAAUGUAAUGCAAAAUAUGUGGAAUGCUUUAGUGCUCAGAAGGAAUGCAACAAAGAGAAGAACAGAAACUCAUCAGUUGUACCAUCUGAGCGUGCUAGGGUGGGUCUUGCACCGCUGCCUGGAAUGAAAGGAACUGAUUACAUUAAUGCAUCGUACAUCAUGGGUUAUUAUAGGAGCAAUGAAUUCAUCAUAACCCAGCAUCCUCUGCCACAUACUACUAAAGAUUUCUGGCGAAUGAUUUGGGAUCAUAAUGCACAGAUCAUUGUCAUGCUGCCAGAUAACCAGAGCUUGGCUGAAGAUGAGUUUGUGUACUGGCCAAGUCGUGAAGAAUCCAUGAAUUGUGAAGCCUUUACCGUGACCCUUAUCAGUAAAGACAGACUGUGCCUCUCUAAUGAAGAGCAAAUUAUCAUCCAUGACUUUAUCCUCGAAGCUACACAGGAUGACUACGUUCUGGAAGUCCGUCACUUUCAGUGUCCCAAAUGGCCUAACCCAGAUGCUCCCAUAAGCAGUACUUUUGAACUUAUCAAUGUAAUCAAGGAAGAAGCUUUAACAAGAGAUGGCCCCACUAUUGUUCAUGAUGAGUAUGGAGCAGUGUCAGCCGGAAUGCUUUGUGCCCUUAUGACCCUGUCCCAGCAGUUGGAGAAUGAAAAUGCAGUUGAUGUUUUCCAGGUGGCAAAGAUGAUUAAUCUCAUGAGACCUGGAGUAUUUACAGACAUUGAACAAUACCAAUUUGUCUAUAAAGCAAUGCUCAGCUUGGUCAGCACUAAAGAAAAUGGAAACGGUCCCAUGACACUGGACAAAAAUGGUGCUGUUCUGAUCACCGAUGAGUCAGACCCUGCCGAAAGCAUGGAGUCCCUAGUUUAAUUGGAAUCCUGAAAGGGCACUUACUUUGUAGAACUUCUGAAGACUGAGAGAAUUUUUUGAGGCCUUUUUUUGCCAGAAUCUUGGUUAUACAAUAACCCAGUUACUUUUUUACACUGAUAAAAGUUUUGAUAUUUAUUUUUUGCCAUUUUAUGUCUUAAUGGUAUCCUACUGAGCAUUUGCACCUCUGUUUAUUUCACACAGUAAAACACAGUUUUACCUAGUUGGCACUAUAUGAUCAGUGUUACUGCCUAUAAUAUUCUAAUAGAAAAGCAAACCCUGAUGUGACAUUCCAUGACAACACACAUGCUACUUUUUAGUUAAAUUCAGGGAAGUUUUCUUAAGGGCAAUGAACCGUGAAUCAUCUAUUUUGAAUUCUUAAACCAGAUGGAUUCUUUUAAGAUAACAUGAUAAACUUUUCCCCAUAAACUUUUCUCUUCAUUUCAUUUUCCAAACACUUAGGUAAAUAUUGAAUGCCUUCUCUAUUCCAAUAGAGCAGCUAAACAGUAUCUUUUCUUUUCUAAUGUAGCAGAUUAUUCGGUGCUACUGACAAUGUGUAAAAAGUCAUUGAGUUGAACCAGUUACAUCUGUAUACUUGCAGAUCAAGUACCUGCUGCGGAACUUGGAAGCAGGCAAAAUCGCUUCCUUCAGAACAUCAUUUAUCUAAUAAUAUUACACUGGCAAGUUUUACAGAUACAUGUAGGACAUGGUUGAAAGUUAUGAAUUUAGAGCUUUAACUUCCCAAUCAUGUCCAUGAAACUAAAAGUUGACUUUAUUUUUACAAUUUUGACAGCAUCAUAUGGAAAAUGUGUCUAAUUUUACCUGCACUGUAGACAAUUUAUCAAAAAAGGCCACACCCUACAAUCAAGGCUAUUCUUUUUAAAACAGAGAGGGAGCAAUAUUUUACAUAACUCAGAUAUCAAACAGUUUAAUUUUUGUUAAUGCUUUUUGAAUGUAACAUCAUACCUAGUGGUAUGUUGCAGAAUGAAGGUGGACGUUAAUCUCAGUUGUUAGGUGCCAUUUUUACAGGUGUGUAAUUUUGAAAUUAGUGCUAAAAGUAAAGUACUGAUCCAUAUUACUGGUGAAGCAAUCUAAUAAAAACUACCUAUAAAGUUAACAUUCUUCUUCUUUUUUUGCCAAACUUGUCAUUACGAUGCUCUUAAUUACAUCUUCCCUACCAUAUAAAUCUGAUUUUUCCUUAAUGAGCUAUAAUUUACAAAUCAUUUUAAGAACAAACAACACUGGAUUGGCAAAAGUCUUGGUCUGUUGAACAUACAUUUAAUUAGAACAUAUAUUUUCUAGAAAACCUGCCGUUUGGAAAUGUAAAGAACCCUUAUCAAAAGGCAUAUUUACUUUUUCUAUAAGCAAAAAAGUAGACAGGACUGUUUCAGGUGUACUAACGUUUGUGCACAUAACUUUAGAAACACAUUGACUCAAGUCAAAGAUACUGAAAAAUCAUUGUCUAUGGCCCCGGAAAGCUAUCUUGGCUGGUGAGUCUGGAAUCAUUCUGAUCCUAUGCAACACAGUAGGAUUUUGCCUUCCAGAAAGUGUGGGGAGGCUUGGGUUAAUUAGUUGUUAAAAAUGCUAACAAUGUUAAGGAUACUAUCAUUUCUGUGCAUUUUGUUAGAAAACUGAAAGUCAACUUACCGGAUCCCAGUUCUUCUAGUGCUUGAGAUGUAGGAUUUCCUCGGGAAGGAAAGUUAUCAGCAGAGAACUGGGCCUGUUAAGAAUAAUAACAUCAUAGUUAAAGAUAUAUUUCAACAUAUGAUCAGGCCUGGUUAGAUCAAACAUCUGGUCAUUUGAAAUAUCCACACUGCGGCAUGUCCUUAUGUAGGAUUAGCUCUUUUGAGGCUGACCACAGUGGUAUCAGUAGCCUAGAGAUGCUGCUAUAUGGUCAAUAUUCUAACAGUGCUGUAGGUCCAAAAUGAUCAACUCAUGGACUUGGGAUUGCCUUGAAACUGGCAGGAAUCAAUCCACCUGGGCUUUGGAGAUCCACAGAGAAUCCAGCUUUUGCCAGCAUUAAUGGGUUGCCUUGGUCUGACAAUUGCAAAGAUUCAACAAAAUUGAAUGAUUUUUAAGCAUAUUGCAAGUAUUGGGGCCUGAGAUGGGUAAUAUGCAUUAUGGGUUCUCAAAUCUGGAGCAAAUGUGGAGCGCUCACUGUUUUGCAUUAGUUAAUUGGCUUUGGGGGCUUCCGUGCCCCUAUGGUCAAUGCUGGGGAAAAUCCAACUGGUGACAUCAAAUGAUCUAAAGAUUGAAUGUGUCCAGCUCUGGGCUGAAAGUCUGAGGUCCAAGAGGGGAAAAGACUUGAGGGUUAAUUGAGGUAUUUAGUUAUUUUAAUUGCAUAGUGCAUUUGCUUAAUGUAAAUGAACUCAUUUCCAUAUAGAUUUGGAAACUAAAUGUUGUAAUUCUAGACUGCCUCACUACUACUCUUGUGUCCAUGCUUUGCUCUCCCUAAACACUGUUCCCAUUUCAGUGCUUUUCUGGGUAAAGGUAAAAAAUAGUUGGUGUUCAAAAGUUUUGCAUAGAAAGUAUAUGUGUGCCUAUGCUACUUAGAGAGAGCUUAAUUAAUGGAAAAUAACUUAAACGGCUGUUCUGUGACUUUUUUACAUGGAAAUCAGCUUAUGGGUAAGCAUUGUGAUCAAAUGCAAGACAGCUGGCUAAUGCAUAGUAUAGAAGCCAUGUUGUAGGGGGGUGUUUUCAAGUUCUCUGUGAAGCUCAUGAAUGAACAAAAGUGCAUGUCUAUAGAAGAGCAGGACCUAAGUUUGCAGAUCCUGAUCCGCUGAGUUAUGAGUUACUGCCAUCUGUCUGACUUGCCAAAGCGGUCCAUACAUUUUUCACUGAGAAUGGGAACAUUCUGCAGGUCCUUGCUUCCACCACUAGAAGUUUUACCCCUUCACUACUUUUUGUUUUAUCGGUUAUUAGCCAAAACAUGCCUACUUUAUCUUUCCAGCAGUAGAAAAUCCUGAAGGAGGCUGUGCAGCCUGAACAUUUUGAAUGAUGUAAGCACAUUGUCAACUACUUAACAAGGCUAUUACCCCUUGCACUGAAGAGGAAAGAGAAUAGCAAUGAUCAAUUGAAGUGGCUGGUAUGGGAAAACUGGUUUUCUUCUCUUAAGAGUAUACAGGAUCACAAGACCCUGCAUUAAAUAUAAGUUUGGGGGGAAUACAGUCUUAAUUAAACCACACAAUUGAAUCUUCCAAAAUUGAUUUGGAGUGAUUAAGACAAGUGGCAGUUCAUUUUGGGCAUCAGUUUUAGCAGUGCUAUUUUAGCCUUUGUAAACUCUCUACAUUUUCUUCUUUUCCAUUUGAAAAUGCAUUACAAAGCAUAAGAAGAAGAAUUUUGGAAGGGACAAAAAGGUCAAUCACUUAAUCUGACUAAUUUAAGUCUUUAUGGGUCAACUGGAAGUCCAUACCAAGCAAGAUCAGAGGGGGUGGUUGUUUCCUAUUUCUGACCCCUGGAGUGGUGGUAGCCAGAGUGAUGGAUUGGAACCCUAGAAGAAUAACCUUCAUCACUUUAUAAAGACACAGCACAACUGCCUUCUUAUGAAUUUUUCUUUGCUUAUUUU